AUGGAAGAAAAAAAUGAAGAUGUUGAGAUGAUGAUGAUGGGAGAUCUCAACAAAGAUGCAAAUGCCUUGAGAGCUGCCAACUACUCAACCAUUGGAGCAAUUGGUUCUAUGAACGAUCGAGAUAUUCUUGUGUAUAUAAAUGAUGACCAAAGAUCAAAAACUCUUGAGGCACCAUCCAAACAAUCGAAAAACAGCACCAACUUAAGCAGCACCAUCACUGCGCCAACAGCACACGCACACCCAAAGAUGCUGGUUAGGCAGCAGUCACUCUAUCAUCUAAAAAACUUACCUGUCGAUGAGUUCUGUGAUAAACUUUUCAGAAGAUCAAAUAAAUUAACUAAAAGUGAAAUUGAUAAGGAUAAUAAAAAUGAUAAUGCUGUGAUCAACAGUGAAUUAACUCCAGGCAAAUUUCUACGAGCUUUUGAAAGGAAUUCUGAAAUAAAAAAGUUAACUAGACCCUUGAAAGAUAAAUUUCAAAUCAAAAAGCUAAUUAGUGACGAAGAACAGGGAAGUAUAAGCAUGACCGAUAGCCGAAAGUUUGAGAAAAAAUCUACUGCAUUGUUUUUCCAAUCGUUAUCGAAAUGUUGCCAGCUACCUAAAUUCAAAUUACUAGAAGAACAAUACAGAUUAGGCACUGCUUCGUACUUCUACCUACUUCGAUCUUUCAUCCUCUUGGACAUCUCCAUUCUGUUCAUUUCACUAUUUUUCAUCGUUUUCCCGCAAACUCUGGCUCUGCCUACCGUUGCUAAUAAUAGAACCAACAGCGUAAACUUGACGAGUAAUGCGGCCAACAUUAGCAAUUAUACUGGUGAUGUCAUUGCGUUCUCUGGCAGAGAGCUGGUUCUCGGUGAUGGUUGGUUUAGGCAGACGGCACUAUAUUAUGGUUUCUACACAGGUGACUUGCAGGAUCAUGGAUACAUAAUGAAUAGGGCCUACUUCCUUGUGGUUUGCUUCAUGUAUGGAUACGCACUCCUGAUACUUUCUACGAUAUUCAGUAGAUCAUUCAAAAAGUCGUACUAUAAUACAAAAGGACUGGACAUAAAUAUGGAUGGUAGUAUUUUGUUCUGCGCCUGGGAUUUCAACAUCAAAGAUCUAGACAUUGCCGCUCUAAAGUCCAACUCUAUAUUGUUAGAUCUCAAGACAUUAUAUAUAGAGCUGCAGUUGAGGAAUCGGACGAUGUCGAGAAGAAAGGAGCAACUUUACAACUGCCUGAUGGCUCUAACGAACCUCUUGAUCAUCCUAACAAUGGUUGCCAGUCCUGUGGCCUUGUUUUACGCUUGCGCCUCCAUCAGUGGCAGACCAAAUUCACUGGAGGCCCGCCUUGGGGUGCCAGCCCUCUUGACCACUUUGAAUCAUGGCUUGCCCUUCUUAUUCUCGUAUCUGGCGCAAUUUGAGAAGACCUGCUUCUUGCAAGCGUGCAACCUGUCUGUAGUCGUUCAUUUCUGGUACAUGUGCUAUGCGUACCCCACCGAGACGUUCAGUAUCACCGAGCCAUACGCAAGUUCUUGCAAGAGAUCCGAGUGCUGGGAAACGCAUCUAGGCACUCAGCUCUACGUCCUACUCAUCCUCGAUUUCUUCGUCACCAUCUUCACGUUUCUGGUUGACGCUUCAAAAAAAUUAAUCUGUCUAGUUAUAAAGUCCGUUUUGACUGACCAUCCAGCCUUAUCGCUCUUUAAGAAUGCCAGUGAGUUUGACAUGGGCAGACUAUCUGUUAGCAUCAUCUACACGCAGUGCCUUGUCUGGAUAUCACUUUAUUUCUCACCUCUACUGGUUCUUGUAGCCGUUUUGAAACUUCUGAUCCAGUUUUACAUCACCAAGCUAUCGAUGAGAUUAGGAUUUUACGAGCCAGUAAAGUUAUGGAGACUGGGGCAUACGACGACGUUUGUACAUCUCCUACACUUGACUCUCUUCCUCCUCUGCCUCUCAACCUUCAUCUACUGCGUCGUCUAUAUCUCGCCAUCGGCGGAUUGCGGUCCGUACCGGAUGUACAACGGGUCACGGGUUUACGACGCCCUGAAUUCCGGGGGUUACGUGCCCUCGUCCCUAUCCAGAUUCCCAUCUGCGUCUACUAUCAUCACUGAUAUCAUAUCAUCCGUUGGGUUUAGGAUAGUCACGUGUAUCAUUUUCGCAGUAAUCGUUUAUUACCUGAGAUCAGUUGCUCACGGCCAUAAGCAGCUAACAGAUCAAGAAGGAAAAGAUAGAUUGUUUUACAUGGAAAAGCUGAAAUAUUGGAAGCGAACAUUAAACAUAAAACACGAUAUGGUUUACGAGGGCCUAAGGAAAAGACCAAAAGUGAAUCUAGAGGUAUUUAGGCCCUCCAGUCAGGUGUCAUCAGUCUCGUCUAGGAACUCCAUCAACAACAACAACAAUAGUAAUAAUAAUAAUAAUAGCAAUAAUAAUGCUGGCAAUAAUGGCGAUUAUGAUGUCCCAGAUACGGUGUCGCAACAGCAAUUGCAUCUGCAACGGCCUCAGCAUCGGGCUAUAUACAUGUAUGAACAACAACAACAGCAGCAACAUCAGCAUCAUCAACAACAUCAACAACAACAUCAACAAUCGCUAAACCCAAAUAGUAGAUCAGAUGAAUUGCCAUCGACCUAUGAUCAGCAUGAAGACCUGUCGGAUUACAUCGAUCAGAUCUAUAACCAUCUUGAAGAUGGCGCUAGUAACUAUGGUAGUAGUAAUAAUAAUAAUAACAAAAAUAACAAAAAUAAUAAUAAUAAUGAAAAUAAUAAUAAUAAUGAUGAUGAUGAUGGUGGUGGUGAUGAUGACAAUAAUACUGGCAUCAGUAAUCGUGAGAGCAAUACCGAAAGUAGAUAA